AUGUCUCCUCACUGCGACUCGCCGACCAACGGCUCCGAUGCCGGCAGCGGCUUCUCAGAGUUCAACGGCAACGGCUUCACCAACGGCAAUGGCAACGGUGCUAUCUACCAAAACGGUAACGGUGUCAACGGCCACAACGCUGGCGGUUCCCACAUCCAAAAGUCGCAGUACCUGCAGCCAUGCGAUCACAGCGAGAUCCACGACCUCAUCUGCGUCGGCUUCGGCCCCGCCAGCUUGUCUGUGGCCGUCGCCAUGCAUGACUACCAGGAGGCCGGCCGCCAGCUUGCCCCCGGCCAGUCGGCGCCCAAGGUGCUCUUCCUCGAGAAGCAGCCGCAGUUCGCGUGGCACCCGGGCAUGCUUCUCUCGGGCGCCCGCAUGCAGAUCUCCUUCAUCAAAGACAUGGCCUCGCUGCGCAACCCGCGCUCCCAGUUCACCUUCCUCAACUACCUCCACUGCAACAACCGCCUCGUCGACUUCACCAACCUGGACACUUUCCUGCCCGCCCGUGUCGAAUACGAGGACUACCUGCGCUGGUGCUCCCGUCACUUCGACGACGUCGUCGCGUACGGUCGCGAGGUCGUCUCCGUCUCCCCCGACCCCCAAACCGCCGGAAGUGUCAAGACCUGGACUGUUAAGUCUCGGGACGUCAAGACCGGCCAGGUCAGCUCGUACCAGACUCGCAACGUCCUCAUCGCCAACGGAGGUCAGCCUCGCCUGCCCAAGGUGCUUCCCGCCAAGCACCCCAAGAUCAUCCACUCGUCUCAGUACGCCCAGCUGGCCCCUCAGAUUCUCAACGACAACUCGAGACCCUACCGCGUCGCCGUCAUCGGUGCCGGCCAGUCCGCCGCCGAGAUUUUCCGCGACGUCCAGCGCGCUUACCCCAACGCCAAGACAUGGAUGGUGAUGCGCUCCGAGUUCCUCAAGCCCGCCGAUGACUCGCCCUUUGUCAAUUCCAUCUUCAACCCCUCGUACGUCGACGAGCUCUACCCCAAGUCGCAGAGCUACCGCCGCGCUCUCAUCAAAGAGGCGAAGGCGACCAACUACGGCGUGGUGAGACUGCAACUCAUCGAGGCUCUGUACGAGAUGCUCUACCACCAGAAGCGCACGCUCGGCACCGACGAGCGCAAGUGGCCGCACCGCAUGCUCUUCGGCCGCGACAUCACCCAGGUCACCGAGAGCAAGGAGACGGACCGCCUCCAGAUCCAUGUCCGCCGCCUCGAGGACGCGUGCGACAGCCUCGACGACGGCUUUGUCAGCCAACUCCCCGGCGACGAGGUUCUCGACGUCGACCUAAUCGUCGCCGCCACAGGCUACCAGCGCAACGCCCACAUCGACAUGCUCCGCGACAGCUGGAACCUGCUGCCCGAGGUGUCGCCCGCCGGCAACGCUGGCGAGCGCGAGCUUGUUGACGGCUGGGAGAUCUGCGGCCCUGACGCGACCUCUGGAUCGAGAAAGCUUGAAGUCGGCCGCGAUUACCGCGUGCGUUACGCCCCCGGUGCUGUGGCCCCCGGGGCUGGUGUUUACCUGCAGGGAUGCUGUGAAGCGACCCACGGAUUGAGCGAUACCCUUUUGUCUAUUCUUGCUGUCCGAUCCGGCGAGAUCCUCGACUCCAUCUUCCCUGCGACCCCGAGGACUAAGACCGUCUCCAGCUAG